AUACAGUAUAACUGGAGAAGAGCGAGAGAGUUACGGUAGUUUUCCUAGCAGUUGAGUUGGUAUAGUGCAUUAUAUAAAUGACUGGAAAUAGCUCAUAUUUUAGGGCAGGGUUUCGUCGGAAUAACGCAAAAAUGGACGAAGUUGCCAAACGUAAGUAAGCUGGGGAAAUGUAUCGCUGUUUAGUGCAGUCAACAGCCAAAGGUAACAAUUAUGGCUUCUUGUGCCUUUUCCUAUUUGUGAUAAAAAACUGCUCGCCCAUGCCAUUAGAUGUCAUGGCUGUUCUGCUGAAUUCAUACAAGUGACAAUUAAGAAGUUAGUUCCUUGUUCGCUUAUCGGGCAGGGGGGUCAUUUUGGAGAAAUUAAGCCGAGGAUACGUUAACUAACCAGUCUGCUAACGUUAGCUAGUUAGCUACCGAACUAAAGCGAACUGCAAUGGAGCCAAAGCACAAAGAGUUGUUAGACCAAUGGCACCAAAACUUGCUGGACUCAAUAACAGACGCAGACCGGUUGAUUGAGUUGCUGAUACUCUCCGGUACUCUGAGCCAGCUCGACCGCUUCGAACUGGACCAAAACUGCUCUUCCUGCGCGGAGAAAGUGGACCACCUAUUGAAGAUGCUUGUGAACAAGGAAAGCGACCAUUUCCUCGAACUGUGUGUGGCCUUGGAGAAGACGUACCCUGAGCUGUAUUCUGCACUCUUUAGUAACGGCGGUGGACCGGUUGACCAUUCGUCUGGCUCUACGUACAGUGUUCUCUCCACCAUGCCAUCAGACUCUGAGAGUAGCAGCUCCCUAAGCAGUGUUGGUUCACCCCCCGGUACCGGUAACGGCUCAGCCUCGUCCCCACCCCUAGCCCUCAACGACAACCGGCCAGCUGGUGACAACCUGGACACCAUCCUGUUCCAGCUGCGCCAUGUGACCCGCGAGAGGGACGAGCUCCGCAAGCGUCUGGCCCUGGCAUCACCUGGCACCACCUUCGAUGAGUGCAGGCCAAAUUCCAAAGCCAGCCAUGACUAUGAGCGUCUGAAAAGCCAGUGUAUGAGGGCCAUGGCAGAUCUCCAGUCUCUACAGAACCAACACACCAAGACUCUGAAGAGGUGUGAGGAGGCCGUCAAGGAGGCUGACUUCUACCAUAUGCUCCACAGCCGUGUGUUAGGAGACCAGUCUCAGCUGAAGGAGGAGCUGGAGGUGUUGAGGAGAGACACCACUCAGCUGGUCAGGGAACACAACCACCUGAAGCAGAGCUGUGAGGAGCUCCGCAGGCUGCACAGCGAGGACCAGAAGGAGGUGGCCGACAUGAGGCUGCAGCAGCAAGAGGUGAUGAGAGAGAACGGUUCAUCAGAGGUUCUCAACAAGCUGUACGACACGGCCAUGGACAAGCUAGAGGGGGUGAGGAAGGAAUACGAUUCGCUGAGCAAACGCUACGGUGAAAAGGUAGCCAAUCACAACACGGACCUGAGCAGGCUGGAGCAGGUGGAGGAAGAGAACCGACGACUACAGAAACAGAUGGACAUGCUGCUGAAACAACGAGACAAGGCCAUACACUACCAACAGCAGUGCUCUACGUCCAUGAGGAGGUUUGACUCUGUACAACAGGAGCUGGACAAGUCUUCAACCCAGAACAAGGAGCUGCAGAGGGAGAUGGAGCGGCUGCAGUCGGAGGUGACGCGCUGUAAGAACUUCCAGCUGAAGGCAGUAAAGGACUGUGAGAAGUACAAGGAGGAGAGGGACUCUGUGUUCAACGAGUACAGGCUCAUCAUGAGCGAGAGGGACCAGGUGAUCAAGGAGCUGGACAAGCUGCAGACAGAGCUGGAGGCUGCAGAGGCCCGCCUCAAAAACACCUCGUCUGAAAGGAUGGUGGCCAGUGAAGAGAUGGAGGCUCUCAGACAGGAGCUGAACUCGUCGUUGGUGGACCGGGACAGAUCAAUCUGUGAGAGGAACGAGCUGUUGGAGAAGUACUGCCACGAGGUGAAGGACAAGGCCGAGGCCCAGAAGGAGCUGAGCCAAGCCUGUAAAGACAUCGAGACGGUCCGGGAGGAGAGAGACGUGGCCCGCAAGGAGAGGACAGAGGCCAUCAUACAGAGAGAACAGCUACUGAGAGAGUGCUACCAGGCUAGACAGAAAGAAGAUUCUGCCACUCUGGACAUAGAGCGGGUCAACAAGGAGAUGGAGGUGUUGAGGAAGCAGUACGAGGCCAUGUCCCAGGAGCUGAAGGAGGCGACGCAGGAGGCCGAGGUGGCCAAGUGUCGACGUGACUGGGCCUUCCAGGAGAGAGACAAGAUAGUGGCAGAGAGAGAGAGCAUACGGACGCUGUGUGACAACCUGCGUAGGGAGCGGGACCGUGCGGUCAGCGAUCUGGCCGAUGCCCUGCGUAACCUUGACGACAUGAGGAAGCAGAAGAACGACGCGUCACGGGAACUGAAGGAACUCAAAGAGAAGAUGGAGAGCCAGCUGGACAGGGAGGCAAGGUUCUGUCAGCUGAUGGCCCACAGCUCCCAUGACUCGGCUAUCGACACAGACUCUCUGGAGUGGGAGACUGAGGUGGUGGAGUUUGAGAAGGACAGGGAUGACAUGGAUUUGAAAGCACUUGGGUUUGACAUAGCAGAGGGGGUAAAUGAUCCGUAUUUACCAGGAGAUUGUGGAAUAUUUGUGACAAGAGUUGACAGAGGAAGUAUUGCUGAUGGAAGGUUAAGAGUGAACGAUUGGUUGCUGAAGUUAAAUGAUGUGGAUGUGACCAAUAAGGACAGGAAGCAGGUGGUGAAGGCAGUGCUUAAUGGAGGCUGGCUGAUCAACAUGGUGGUGCGCAGGAGGAAGUCUCUGGGAGGGAGGCUGGUCACCCCCAUACACAUCAACCUGAUCGGACACAAAGACAGUGGUAUAGGUCUGGAGAGUGGUGUAUUUGUGACGGCCCUGGUCCAGGGGAGUCCUGCUGCCAGGGAGGGAUCUCUGACAGUCGGAGACAGACUUAUCGCUAUCAACGGCAUCGCUCUGGACAACAAGUCGGUGACUGAGUGUGAGACUCUGCUGAGGAACUGCAGGGAGUCUCUCAGCCUCUCUCUCAUGAAGUUCUUCCCUCACAGUUCGUCAGGCCAGAGCAUCUUCGAGAGCCUGCGGGAGUCAUCGUCCAACGGCCGUCUCUCCGAGGUACACUUCAGGAACAGCCUCAAACACAACAGCUCCACACAGACAGACAUCUUCUGCCCAGACACGCGAGGAGGGGGUAGUAACGUCAACGUCCCAGGAGAGAGGAGGAAGGGCGGGGUGGGUGAACCUGAUGAGGGGAUGGAGGUGUACGGGGACAUCAGGAAGCCGUUCUCCAUGGGGUCUCUCCACUCCACCAGCCUCCGGCCGUCCUCUGACCUCGGUCUGGGUCCCCCGGGCCGCUACGGCCCCAGCGCCUUUCAGGAGUGCUGCUCUGGGUCCCCCUACGCCAAGGCCCCCCCACCCCCCAUGACCUAUGACCCCUCUAAUCCCCCCGACUGCAUCACCAUGGAGACCACCCUGGAGAGGAAGCACAGCGGCGGCACCUGGCCCAAGAUGAUCGUAGGCGGGAUGUCCGUUGCCGUGGAUACGACCACAGCGAUGACUCCGACCCAGCUGUCCAUCUUCAAGUCGCCCAAACAGAGGAAGUCCAUCUUCGACCCAGACGCCUUCAAAUUACGGCCUGAGACGGCGCCCCAGUCUUCCAAGAUGGAGUACCUGUCGCCCAGUCAGCUGGUGGCCCACUCCCCGCAGCCCUCCAAGACGGAGUCUCCCUCCUCUACGGCCACACCCACCCCUCCGACUCCGCCCACCCGCAGCGAUUCGUUCAAAUUCAAACACAAACAACAGAGCAGCUCUGCCUCCGACUGCACGCUCACCUCCGACGGGGGCAAAGGGGAGGCCGUUGCCAUGGUUAUGGGGGAGGGCAGUGGGGAACGAGAGAGAGAGCGGGAACGAGAGAGGGACAGGAAUGGGAACCACUACUUCCUGGAUGGGAAGGUCCUGACAUCGAGGAAGUCAUGUGACGAGGACAUUGGUCGCACCCGGGGGGAGGAGCCUGAGGUGAAGAGGCCCCGCCCUAAAUCUGCGCCAGCUCUCAGACGCAGGAUGACCCCCCAGUCCAUCACCCUACCCUCCUUCCAGAGCUACUCCAAUGACGAUCACUCUCCAGAGCCCAGAGAGAUGCUUCGCUCCUCCCCCAACCGCUCCCACAGACACAGUGUGGGCUUCGUCCCCACAGUCUACAACGGUACUCUGCCUGCAAACUCGGCCCAUCGUGGCCUAGCCCCGUGUCCAGCGGUGACUGCUGUGAUGAGGAACCCAGUCUACACAGUCCGCAGCCACAGAGUCCACACCAACAACUGUCCCUCUGUCUCCUCCCAGAUCUGUCAACACCAGCACAACAACCAACACCCCAGUCCACAGCACCAGGGGCGUCUGAGCCUGGACCUGAGCCAGAAGUGUCCAGCAGCAGACUACUCAUCAUCCUCGUCACGCAGCAGCAGCACCUCCCAUGGUACCAACUCACUACCCUCCAGCGCUCGCCUGGGCCUUGGUUGGUCCAGUAAGGUCCAGUACCGGACAGAGAGGAUAAAGGUACCCUCCACGCCCCGCUACCCUCGAUCCAUGCUGGGCUCUGACAGAGGCUCCCUGUCCCAUUCAGAGUGCAGCAGCCCCAGCCUCAUCACUCCACCCCACUCACCUCUCAACCUGGAGACUUCCUCGUUCGCCAGCAGCCAAUCACAGAGCUCUAUCUCCACCCUGCCUAGAAUCUCCGUCAGCCCUGUGCCAAUAGGAGAGCGCAGGAAAGACCGGUCUCUGUACCAUAACAGGUCUUUUCUGAGGAUCCCUCUGGCUGCUAGGCCGAGGUUCUCCUCUCUCAGGAGCCUCAGGCCGUACCUGGAGGAACCUCGGAACGUGAUUGUUCACAAAGGGGCGGAGCCUCUGGGCAUCUCUAUCGUCGGCGGCGAGAACGGUGGCAUCUUCGUCUCCAAGGUGACGGGAGGCAGCAUCGCCCACCAGGCCGGCCUGGAGUACGGCGACCAGCUCCUCGAGUAUAAUGGUAUUAACCUGCGUAAUGCCACGGAGCAGCAGGCCAGGCUGAUCAUUGGUCAGCAGUGUGACACCAUCACCAUUAUGGCUCAAUACAACCCCCACAUGUACCAGCUGGGAAACCCCUCACGAUCCAGUUCUCGUCUGGAGCCGGUGAGCAGCCAGUCAACGCCCCAGGGCAGUGGAGCCACCACCCCAGACAACCACUCUACUAUAGACACUCUGAGUGAACAGGACGAAGGAACCCUCACCCCCUCCUCCAAACAGACCACCCCUACAACUAGUCCUCACAGCUUCAGCAGGGUGUCGUCAGAGGGCAGUUGUAAGGUGUGUGAGCCGCGGGUGGUGACGGUGCGCAGGGCCCAGGGGACAGAGCUGGGGCUGGGGCUGUGUGGAGGGAACCUCCGGGGGGUCUAUGUAGAGAGACUGGAGGAGGACAGCCCUGCUAGGGGACCAGAGGGGCUGCAGCCUGGAGACCUCAUACUGGAGUAUGGGUCAGUGAAUAUGAAGAACAAGACGGUGGAGGAGGUGUAUGUAGAGAUGCUAAAGCCGGCUGAGACGGUCACUCUCAGAGUUCAACAACGACCGGACGACUUCAACAUGGUCAAAGACACACCGGGGGACGGCUUCUAUAUCAGAGCACUUUAUGAGCGGACAUCGGAGGCAGAGCUGGACCUGAGUUUUCAGAAGGAUGACAUCCUCUAUGUGGAUGAUACUCUACCAAAGGGCAGCUUCGGCAGCUGGAUGGUCUGGCAGCUGGAUGAGAACGCACAGCGGAUACAGAGAGGACAGAUCCCCAGCAAAUACAUGAUGGACCAGGAGUUUUACCGUAGACACAGUAUGACGGAGCUGAAGGACGACAAGGACAGUAAGAGCCUGUCUGCCGCUGCCAGGAGAUCCUUCUUCAGGAGGAAACACAAACACAAACGCAGCGGCUCCAAAGACGGCAAGGAACUGGUGGCUCAGGACGCCAUUAGCACAGACUCCAUACCAUUCCUAGAGGACUCUGUGAGCCUGGCGUACCAGCGGGUCCAGAAGGUAGAGUGUGUUUCUCCUAGGCCGGUCCUGAUCCUCGGCCCACUCUCAGACCCCGUCAAGGACAUGCUGGUCAAAGAGUCCCCCAGGAAGUUCUGCAGAUGUGUCCUGGAGGUGAUGAAGGCAUCCCAGCAGGCUAUAGAGCGCGGAGUCAAAGACUGCCUCUUCAUCGACUACAAACGCAGGAGUGGCCAUUUUGACGUGACCACUGUGGCCUCCAUCAAGGAGAUCACAGAGAAGGACUGUCACUGUCUGCUAGACAUCGCACCCCACGCCAUCGAGAGGCUACACAGCGUUCACAUCUACCCUAUCGUCAUCUUCAUCCGCUACAAAAACGCCAAGCAGAUCAAGGAACAGAAGGAUCCAGUGUAUCUGCGGGACAAGGUCUCACAAAAACAUUCCAAGGAGCAGUUUGAGGUUGCACAGAAGAUAGAGCAGGAGUAUAGCACAUUCUUUACAGGUAUUGUCCAGGGCGGCACUCUGCCCUACAUUUGCACUCAGAUCAUGACUAUAGUUGACCAGGAACAGAGUAAGGUCCUGUGGACUCCCCUUGGCUGCCCCUAGAGGGUGGAGGCCACCACUGCACCCUUCUCCCCUAGAGGGUGGAGGCCACCACUGCACCCUUCUCCCCUAGCCUAGGGUGAAGGCCACCACUGCACCCUUCUCCCCUAGCCUAGGGUGAAGGCCACCACUGCACCCUUCUCCCCUAGCCUAGGGUGAAGGCCACCACUGCACCCUUCUCCCCUAGAGGGUGAAGGCCACCACUGCACCCUGCUCCCCUAGAGGGUGAAGGCCACCACUGCACCCUGCUCCCCUAGAGGGUGGAGGCCACCACUGCACCCUGCUCCCCUAGAGGGUGAAGGCCACCACUGCACCCUGCUCCCCUAGAGGGUGGAGGCCACCACUGCACCCUGCUCCCCUUGGCUGCACCUAGAGGGUGAAGGCCACCACUGCACCCUGCUCCCCUUGGCUGCCCCUAGAGGAUGGAGGCCACCAUUGCACCCUGUUGCACUGCGCCUCUACCCUCUCCACUCACAACAAACACUAAAAAACCUUCCACACUAUACCUACAGGUACACUACAGUGAGCUACUACACAUGUAAACUAUAUAUUUUUGUUCUAUUGUUUUUAGAAUGUUGAUUUAACCAGAGCCUCCUCUUCUUCUCUGUGUAAUCUGUAGCAGGUUGGUAGCACUGACAGGUGGUGUUACACUUCAUUUGGUCUUCCCUAAGGGUUUUAGGUUGGUGUUUCUGUAAAGCUGCGUUGUAAGCAGCCGUUUACAGUUAACAAAUCAGUCUGAGUAUUGUUAUUAAAUGUUCUGCUGGAAUGUGUGUUAAACCCCCCUGACCCAGAAUCAGCCCUUAAAGCAAACCUAUGUACCAAAUGACAUCACCCUGUUUUACACACCCUGUUCAAUGACUGACAACUAAUAAUGUGGAAUAGUAACUGUGUGUGCGUAUGAGUCGUGUGUGUGUGUGUGUAUGAGCGAGAGAGUAAUAUUAUUGAUAAAUUGUAAUGACUUUGUUGGUUGAAUUGAAACAUGGUCUUUGAUAUUGGUAUGAAGUUGACGCCAUAUAAACGUUACCUGUAGAACAGAUAAACCUCUCCAAGCGAUAUCUGUCUUAUUGGUCUUCUGUCAAAAAUGUUUUAUCCAAAAGGUGAUUUUGGAUGGGUCAAAUCAAUCAAUAUUUUACAGCUUUCAAUCAGACCAAACUUUGAUGUGCAUCACGUGUGUAACUGUGUGUCAAUAAAUUCAAUUGUGUUUCUAUAGCAAAGCAAAAGCAAUGAAAAUCACACAUGGCAGUAGCGAAUGAUGUCUGGUCUACUCGUUGCGUUUCUAUGGUCACUGCACGGGAGUGGACAGUUUACGGGCUUAUCGGAAGUGCCUUCCGUUGGAGACAGGCCCCAUUCCUUACCAUUUCAGAUCUGAUGGAACAGGAUAAGAAGAAGCAAUAUGGAGGUAGAAGCUCCCCACUGCCCAUUGGAAGGCUAGCUGGAGACAUCACCAUGUUGUUUACACCCAUCUGGUACCUUCAGAUCUGCAAACACCAUAGAGUUAACAUUAGCGUUGCAAAAUUCCGGGAACUUUCACAAAAUUCCCUGGUUUUCCCGAAAUCCCACUAUAGAUCUGCAAACAAACACAAGAGCGUAUGACAAUAGCAAGGUUGUGAGAGUAGGCCAGACGGCGACCACCUCAGAAUGCACUCCAGGGCUAGACAGACCACUGUGUCUCCAUCACAUUAUCUGUCACAUAUUUAAAGACUAUAUAUGUGUGUGUGUGUGUGUACAUACCUCACAGGCACUUGAGUACCUCUAUGUAGGGCCUAUGGACUGUACAGUAUGCAGAUGAAUUAUUCUAUAGUACAUGUAUUUUGACUAGGUCUCAGGCCUAUGGAAGUUCAGUAGUCAUGUCUUAGCAGGUAUUAGCAUGUUUUUUUAAACUGUUUUGUUUUUGUUUUUAAAUGUACUCACAAACCAGAAAGACACCAUGGAGAAAAUGUGCAGGGUAAAAUCAUUCUUAACAUUUUUUGUUCUUAAUAAAACUGUUUAAAUGUUAGUGAUUUUUUUCAUUGUUAUUUAAUGUCUUUUUAUUUUUUUUUAUCUAAGAGGCACGAACACAUUCUCCUGCAUCCUAAUGUGCCAAAAUCCAGCAUGUCAGUUUUAUCUUUUUAUUUCUGUUUUGCACUUGUUAUUCUGUGGACCUUAACAAAUAGUUCCUAGGUUUCCCAGUAGACUUUAUAAAUAAAUAGGUACUAAUAUUAUAAUUUUUACUGUAACUAAUUCACAUUUUAAAUGUAUCACGUCAUUUCCUUACAUUUCAUUGGCCUUUUUGAUUCUUUAAUAACCUUGAUUAGAAAACAACAGACAGAUUGCUCCUCCAUAUUUACAUUCUCGAUGAAAAAGGGAUUUCUUGCACAGUUUUUCAAAGAAAAAUCGGAUCUGAAGUUUGACUAUUGGGCUAUAUGAUUAGGCAUAUUAAGUACAAUUGUAAUGUACCUUUUUUGGAGUAGAUAGAGAUAUGGUUUAGAAUGAGAAGAGGGAUACCAUGUGACAUGGUUGUAUUUCUAAGAAGAAUGACUAGCUGCCAGGUACUGUUCUGCGCUUUUCUUUAUUUUCUUUUUAAAAUAAUGUGAUUGGUAUCAAAUGUUGAGACAUUAACAUGAGAAUAAAAGUCAUUUUCUCUAUCACAACUA